CGAGAAGGGGAGAAGCGGCAGGCGGCCUAUCACAGUCUGGAGAGGGCGCCGGCUUGCAGGAGCCCCCCGAGUGGGAGCAAGGGGAGGGGGCCAUGCAGCCGGGCAAGUUCCGGUUCGUUUCCGGAGGGCGGCGGGCACCCUCUGGCAGUCGGAUCUCGGCCCCCGGACGUGUGUGCCUGCGGAGCUUCGGCGUUCAGCCCUAGGGGCGGUGCCCGUGUUUCACCUCUCCCCCUGGCCUGGCAGGAAGGCCCCCGCUGUUGCAGGAAGUUGGCCCCUCCAGGCGCCUCCGGGUGUCCGGAGAAUUGGGGCGAAUCACCAGGAUUUUCAGCUGAAAAAUUUAAGAAUAAUUGAGCCUAACGAGGUGACACAGUCAGGAGACGCAGGUGUGGAAAGAGACGGCGGAAUGGCUCCAAAGGUCACCUCAGAGCUGCUUCGGCAGCUGAGACAAGCCAUGAGGAACACGGAGUAUGUGACAGAACCGAUCCAGGCCUACAUCAUCCCGUCGGGAGAUGCCCACCAGAGUGAGUACAUUGCUCCGUGUGACUGUCGGCGGGCCUUCGUCUCUGGAUUUGAUGGCUCUGCGGGCACGGCUAUCAUCACGGAAGAGCAUGCGGCCAUGUGGACGGAUGGACGCUACUUUCUUCAGGCGGCCAAACAGAUGGACAGCAACUGGACGCUCAUGAAGAUGGGUCUGAAGGACACACCAACUCAGGAAGAUUGGCUGGUGAGUGUACUUCCUGAAGGAUCCAGGGUUGGUGUGGAUCCACUGAUCAUUCCCACAGAUUACUGGAAGAAGAUGGCCAAGGUUCUGAGAAGUGCAGGCCACCACCUCAUCCCUGUUAAGGAGAACCUUGUGGACAAAAUCUGGACAGACCGUCCUGAGCGCCCGUGCAAGCCCCUCCUCACACUAGGCCUGGAUUACACAGGCAUCUCCUGGAAGGACAAGGUUGCAGACCUUCGGUUGAAAAUGGCUGAGAGGAACGUCGUGUGGUUUGUGGUCACUGCCCUGGAUGAGAUUGCAUGGCUGUUCAAUCUCCGAGGGUCCGAUGUGGAGCACAAUCCGGUGUUUUUCUCCUAUGCAAUCAUAGGAUUGGAGACGAUCAUGCUCUUCAUUGAUGGUGACCGCAUGGACGCCCCCAGUGUGAAGGAGCACCUGCUUUUUGACUUGGGUCUGGAAGCUGAAUACAGAAUCCAGGUGCUUCCCUACAAGUCCAUCCUGAGCGAGCUCAAGGCUCUGUGUGCCAGUCUCUCCCCAAGGGAGAAGGUGUGGGUCAGCGACAAGGCCAGCUAUGCCGUGAACGAGGCCAUCCCCAAGGAUCAUCGAUGCUGUAUGCCUUACACCCCCAUCUGCAUCGCCAAAGCUGUGAAGAAUUCUGCCGAAUCAGAAGGCAUGAGGCGAGCUCACAUUAAAGAUGCUGUUGCCCUCUGUGAACUCUUUAACUGGCUGGAGAAAGAGGUGCCCAAAGGUGGUGUGUCAGAGAUCUCAGCUGCUGACAAAGCCGAGGAAUUUCGCAGGCAACAGGCUGACUUUGUGGACCUGAGCUUCCCAACGAUUUCCAGUACGGGACCCAAUGGCGCCAUCAUUCACUACGCGCCGGUCCCUGAGACGAAUAGGACGUUGUCGCUAGAUGAGGUGUACCUGAUCGACUCGGGAGCCCAAUACAAGGAUGGGACGACAGAUGUGACACGGACCAUGCAUUUUGGGACCCCUACGGCCUAUGAGAAGGAAUGCUUCACAUAUGUCCUCAAGGGCCACAUAGCUGUGAGUGCAGCCGUUUUCCCGACUGGAACCAAAGGACACCUUCUUGACUCGUUCGCCCGCUCAGCUUUAUGGGAUUCUGGCCUGGAUUACCUGCACGGAACGGGACACGGUGUUGGGUCUUUCCUGAAUGUUCACGAGGGUCCUUGUGGCAUCAGUUAUAAAACCUUCUCUGAUGAGCCCUUAGAGGCAGGCAUGAUUGUCACUGAUGAGCCAGGGUAUUAUGAAGAUGGGGCUUUUGGAAUUCGCAUUGAAAAUGUUGUCCUAGUGGUUCCUGUGAAGACCAAGUAUAACUUCAAUAACCGGGGAAGCCUGACCUUUGAACCUUUAACUUUGGUUCCGAUACAGACCAAAAUGAUAGAUGUGGACUGUCUUUCAGACAAAGAGUGUGACUGGCUCAACAAUUACCACCUGACCUGCAGGGAAGUGAUCGGGAAGGAAUUGCAGAAGCAGGGCCGCCAGGAAGCUCUCGAGUGGCUCAUCAGGGAGACGCAACCCAUCUCCAAGCAGCAUUAAUGCCUCCCUGGUUUUUGUUUUUGUAAAAUGCUCUGGGGAAGGGAAGAAACCUGGCAGAUCCCUGACAUCUGUCCCCUUUCCUCUCCUUCCUUACUUCCCCUUUUUACUUUGAGAUUCUAAGAAGAGCUGAAAAUCUUAUCCUCUUUGAUAUUUUCUUGCAAACACUCAAUCUUUUAUGAUUUUUUUAAUUGUUGAGAACGAGCCAAGAAUGAAAUCGCUGCACCAGAAGGAGGGUCCCUGCAAAGCUGAACACUCGAUCAGGGGAGACGCCCCGAGCAGCCGCAGUGAGCUCUCUGGCCAGUAAUGGUGGAACACUGAGUGCUUGCUCUCUGAUGGUCAAGUUCCAGGUGCUAGUACAUUAUUCAUGAUCACCUUGAUUCAUGAGACUGUAUUUAUGAUCAGUGAAUAAAAUGUCAGAAUGUG